GUGUCCAGUCAGUCAGUCAGUCAGUCAGUGAGUGAGUGAGUGCACUGCUGGUCCUGCCUGCCUGCCAGAGAGGGGAGUCGAGAGCUCUGCUGGGAACUACAUGGUGCUCAAUUUUUCAAGAUGUCGUCGCUGGAACAGAGGCUGUCGCGAAUCGAGGAGAAACUAAAGCAGGAGAAUGAAGAAGCUCGACGGAGAAUAGACCUCAACAUCGACAUGAGUCCGCAGCGAUCACGUCCGAGGCCGAUCAUCGUGAUCCAGCUCAGUCCUGCUCCAGCCCCUUCCCAGCGUGCAGCGCUCCAGCUGCCACUGGCCAACGAUGGAGGCAGCCGUUCUUCAUCUUCAGAAAGCUCGCCUCAGCACCACCCCUAUUCCAGCCGCCCGCGACACAUGCUCACCCUGCCCACACCCCCGUACGGCCUACAGAAGAGCCUAGAGAAUGCAGAGAUUGACCAGAAACUGCAGGAGAUCAUGAAGCAGACGGGUUAUCUUAAGAUCGACGGUCAGCGGUAUCCAGCAGAGGUGACGGACCUGAUCAGUGAGGGCGAGAUCGGCAGUGGCACCUGUGGACAGGUCCUCAAAGUGCGGUUCAAGAAGACAAGUCAUGUCAUUGCUGUCAAACAAAUGCGCCGCACAGGAAACAAGGAUGAGAACAAGAGGAUCCUGAUGGACCUCGAUGUGGUCUUGAAGAGUCACGAUUGCCCUUACAUCAUUCAGUGCUACGGCGCUAUUGUUACCAACACAGAUGUAUUCAUUGCCAUGGAGCUGAUGGGAACGUGUGCUGAGAAGCUGAAGAAGAGAAUCCAGGGGCCCAUUCCAGAGCGAAUCCUAGGAAAGAUGACAGUGGCAAUAGUGAAAGCGUUGCUGUACCUAAAAGAGAAACACGGUGUCAUCCACCGGGAUGUCAAGCCCUCCAACAUCCUCCUGGACGAUAAAGGUCAGAUCAAACUGUGCGACUUUGGCAUCAGCGGGCGCCUCGUCGACUCAAAGGCCAAGACCCGCAGUGCUGGCUGCGCUGCCUACAUGGCGCCCGAAAGAAUAGACCCUCCAGAUCCCACCAAACCUGACUAUGACAUCCGAGCAGACGUGUGGAGCCUCGGCAUCUCUCUGGUGGAGCUGGCCACGGGACAGUUUCCCUACCAGAACUGCACGACAGACUUUGAGUUGACCAAAGUGCUGCAGGAAGAUCCUCCCCUGCUGCCUCUCAGCAUGGGCUUCUCCCUUGACUUCCAGUCCUUUGUCAAAGACUGCCUCACAAAGGAUCACAGAAAAAGGCCAAAAUAUCACCAACUGUUGGAGCAUAGUUUCAUCCGGCGUUACGAGGUGCUGGAGGUGGACGUGGCCGGUUGGUUUCAGACGGUUAUGGAUCGUACGGAGUCGCCUCGCAGCAGCCAGUGUUACAGCCAUCAGCACCAGCUCCACUCACUCUUCAGGCAAAGAUGACACCAAAUUGAACAAAGACAUGAAUGGGUGAUCCCAGACAGACCGCGCUGAGAACGUCUUGUUUUUUUUACUGGUGAGGUGGAGCCGCUGUAGUGUAUGUCCACCUUAUGUAAACCGCCACAUAAAGCUAACCUCUGAACUGAAAGUUUAAUAGUAUUUUUUAUUAUUGUUGUUGUUAUUAUUAUAUAUUGUUUUCCUUUGAUCAGAUAUCAUGAUCAGUUUAUUUCUUGUUAUCCCAGUUUGGGUCAUAAAUUGUGUGCUGUUUUUCUCCCCUUCUUCAUCCCUGCCCACUACUUUUGAAUUAAAUUUUUUAUGCUGUUUUAUUUUAUGAUUAUUAUUAUUAUUUUGAAUUCUUUCUGGUUUGUCUGAUGCUGUAGCAGUGAGCUGAUUGGUCAAUUACCAGAGGGUUGUUGUUGUUGUUGUUGUUUUUCUAAUGCUGAGACUGUCGUGACUGAUGUUGCACUUGUGAUGGGUUUUAUUUUUGUUUUGUUUUGUGUUGCAGAUUUGGGAUUGUUGUGCAGAGAUGAGAAUAUUGGGUGUUUUCCUUAUUUUCUUAAAGUCACAGCAGUUAUUUUAUCAAUCAUAUAGAUCUGUGACACAGAGCAAGAAAAUGAUUCAACAGUG